AUGGACGAAGAUAGAGACCGGGGCUGGUUAGAACGCUUCGUUCGAGUGAGGACCUCGGAUAUUAUCCCGGAGGAAUACAUGCCUUUUCCGGAAAAAUGGAAUGACAAUCGUUUACCGAAAGGUUCGGUGCAACCCAGACCCGGGACAGCAGCCGAGCAAGCUGCGCCAACACCGGCAUUCGAUUCGGCCGGGUCAUCCAGAAUUAUUGCUGCCGCCCAAAAACGAAGGAAACCCUCCGAUAAAGGAGACAAACCAAGAAAAAGGGCAAGGCGCGUCGUCCGGUCUCUGAGAGAUGAAGAAGAGUCCGACGUGAUCAUUCGUAGGGUCGGCGUGGCCCCUACCUUCGAGUCGGUCCCGGAGGAGGAAAUUGCAGUUCCACCCCCUUCAACCGAGGAAGCACCCUCUGCUUCGACUCAGCUACCAGGUGGGGAAGAAAUACUUUAUGCAACACCUCUUAGGUCUAUUGAGUUUAUUGAUAUUACAGGUGAAGCCUCUUCCGAGGAGAUUCCCCUGCAAAGACCACGGAGAUCCGGUCCUGAGUCCACUGCUGAAACCGGGACAAGAACUGAGGCUGCACCGGGCACGGAGGGACCAGCGGAAACCGGCUCAUUGCCUACCGAGGAUCCGACUAUCGGGCUUGAAGCCUCUACUUCCACCGAGGCUGCUGGUGCCGUUCCGACUACACCCACUGCUCCGAGGUCGGAUAGUCUGGAUGAAAUGUUUUUGGACACUCCUCCUGCGACCGGGGAGGCUGCUGGUUUUGGUCAUCUUCCCAUCCCUCGGGUCACGAGGGCAGCUAAUCGAUCUACCGAAACCGGUGCGAGGGAAAGCCUAGUGAGCCUCUUUCCGGCUCCCAGCGUGGAACCUAGGAGAACCAGGUCGGCAGUAAUUACUGUUCCUGAAGAUUGCAGUUUCCUAUCUCGUCCGAGUGUGGUGCUUGUUAACGAAGCCUUUAUCCGGGCCCAACAAGAGGUUGACGACCUUAAGGGCCAGCUGGACGCCCAAGGUCGGGAAACGGAGAAGUUCCAGCAUCUUUUGCAAGUAAAGGAAGAGGAGCUAAGCCGAGCAAUGGCCCUCACAAACCUUCGACCCGAGCUGGAUGCUACGAAGGCUGAGAACCUUCGAUUAAAGGGUGAGCUAGCCGGAUUUGUGGAUAGGAACCGGCUUCUGGAAGAAGAAAAAAUCGGCCUUAGCCAAGAUAACGCUCGGCUUUCUUCCAGACUUAGCGAGCUCGAAACCUCGAUAUCUCAACUCCGAGGGGAGCUAGAUUCGGUUAAAUCGGAUGCCGUCAACAUGGCCGAGAGGCACCGACGGCUCGAAUCCGAGAGUGCUAACUAUGCAGAGAGAAUGAGGGUUUUUGAGCAAAAAGCUGAGGACCGGGCUCGAAUGUGCGAUGAGCUAAGAACCAAACUCGGGGAGAUGACCGAGGCAAAUGAUAUACUCAAAGCUGAGCUUGACUCGGCCAAUCAAUAUCGGAGUGUCCUCGACGUAGAGAGGAAUGAGCUCUUGGUUAAGCUGGCCCGGGCUGAAGCCAAUUUGGCAGAAGCCUUAAAGAGUGUGGAAGCUGUCGAAGCCUAUUCCACGGUUGCAGUGGAACACGAACGGUGGAGAUCUCGGAGAAUCACCCUUGAGGAAGCCGAGCGUGGCUUUACCGAUCUCCCAGCUCUUAUUCGGGAGGCUAGAAGAACCGAGGAAGAAGCAAAGAGAGCUCUUGACUCCGACUCCGAUGAUUCUGAACGGACAGAGUCCGAGCAUUCUGGUUCCAGUCAUACCGGAUAG